GACCAGUGUGACGGAGGUGAUUCAACAAGUGGCCUCUUUGCCUUCAGCUCUAGUCUCCAGCACAAGGCUUUCUUGGAUUAACUCUGGGUCGUGCCGGAGAAGUGAUCGGCAACGACGGCGGACUUCUGGGCUGAUUACAGCAAAUAAAGCGCCCGCGAUAAUGCGAAUUUGUUCGUGCUGACUUUUUAGCGGACACGGACACGGACACGGCUAUGCCUCUCAGGGCGCUAAGUUGGAAGUAAUUGCAGCGAAGAUCGAGCCUCCAGUGUCAUGAAACUGAAUCCACAGCAAGCUCCCUUAUAUGGCGAGUGUCUUCUGACGGUGCAGCUGUGCGACGAGGACCGUUUCUGCGAUGACGAGGACGUGGAGUUCUAUCUGCUGUUUGCUGGCAGUACGCAGAGGCACGUGACCAGCACGCUGAGGGUCAGCCAUGUCACCCUGCAGGCCAUCUGCCCCGCCCAUAACUCCUGCGAGUCGGUCCGGGUGACCCUGUGCUCGGCCCGGGCGGGGGGCUCCGUGGACCCGGUGGCUGAAGACCACUUCCAGUUCGUCCAGGACCUUGCUUUGGACAUGGCCAACUUCCUGGUGAAGUCGGCGAGGCGGGACGACUGGCUGGACGGCGCCAUGCUGCUGGACGAGUGCAAGAUCCCCCUGAAGGAGUGCGAGAGGCUGGACAAGAACCUGGCGCUGGCCCUCAAGCACCUGGCGGGGCCCGGAGGCUGGAGCGUGCUGGGAGCUGACCUGGCAAGGAGUGUCGAGCCCGCUCCCCAGGAAACCCUCCUGCACUUUGCGGCUCGCCGAGGUCUUCGGCACGUGGCGGUCUUCCUGCUCCAGCAGCCAGGGGGCAGGGAGGCCCUCAGGCUGCCCAAUCGGCAGGGGGUCACCCCACAGGGCCUGGCUGAGAAGAGGGGCCACCGACAACUGCAGCAUUUAUUCGCACGGGAGGAGACAGCCCUGGGGACACGGUCUCAGACGUCCCAACGAAUCUGCCUAGGAGACAGCGUGGUCUGGCAUCACCCACGGCUGAACACAUACACCCUGACGGUGGCCACACCUCCUGGGAGCCAGCCAGACCUGCAGAGAGAUGUGGAUGAGCUGCGACACCUGAUUGGCUGCCACAGAGAUAGGAAGCUGCAGACUGAACUACUGAAUUCUGGGCUUGAUCACAGUGACGGCACAAACAAGACAAAAGAACUGCAUCUGGUUCCUUUGCACCAAGAGUUGUUUGAUAAGAUGGAGCAGACAAUUAUUCUGGAUGCCCCUGAGCAACAUCCGAAAGAGAUCUCUGUUGAGGUCGGUCAUUUUGAGAAGAGGGAGAGGGAGGAAGAUUCCAGUAACAGUUCUGAGGGCUCAAAGCAUCCGUUGAGCAAUGGUGGUAUGGAGAAUGGUGUGUCUGAUCAGAUGGAAGGGGAAGUGGAGCCACAUGCCGAAGGCUUAGAGAUUUCUGAGGAGGCAUCGGAGGAAAAUGAGUUUGUGGUACAGGGUGAGAUGUCUGAUUUUACCCCCCUGUCCUGUGGGACACAGCUUGGGGAAAGUGAUUUAGCAGUGAGCGCGACUGACACGUGUCAGGGUGACUCAGCUGAAACUGGGGAGGAGAGCCAGGAGGAGGCCGUUGUAUCACAAAUGGAGAACAUGAGUGAGAUAUCCAUGGACCCAGCGCAGUCCCAGGAGCCCCUUGGCGUAGCAGAUGGAGAAAGGGAGGAGCACUCCCAUGAGACAGAACUUUGUGAAGUGAAAGAACAUGAAUGGUCUAGUGACUUUCUUCAUGGUACGAAAGAGGAAGCAGGCAGUGAUGAUGCAACCAUGCUGAAAGACCAAGAUUCAGUUAGCCUGGUGGAAGGGGCAAUGGAGACACCUGCAGACACUUCUGUCCUGCCACUGUCCAGUUGUCUGGAUUUGUUGACUGAAAGUCAAAGCCUGUGUGAGCUAGAUGCUCAGUCAGAGAUCCAUGUCAGUGAACAAAGCCAGGAAACCGCUGAACUGCAUUGUCAUAACACACGGGUGUGCACUGACAAUCAACCUCAAGAGUCUGACCAUCAACCGAGUGAUUGUGGAGAGUCUUUCUCCAGGUUGGGGGUGGAGACAGACCCCGAUGAACUAAGCAGUAGGAGCGUUGAAUCAGGUUUCAGUGCAAGUGAUCAACUUCCAAAGGCAGAGCCUACACAACACCCUCUGGGUAUGAUGGCAGAACUAGGCAAUCGGGUGUUUGAGGUACCUGACCUCAUUGCUUCAGGUGCACCUGACUCAUUGUUCUUACCAGAACUCAUGGAGUGCAUGUUGCAGGAUGAACCACAGAUGAUUCACAUACAGCUCCAAGAUAGUACUCCUUAUGCAAAGCCCCAAUUAAACAAAGAUGUCCCCACUGAAAACAAUGUUGUCUGUAUCUCCUCACUGGAAGGAAAUGGGGACAACAGUAGCAUCUGCAUGGGAGACCUAGCUGGUGAUGAGGUUUUGCAGGGCGUAGACAUGUCCUCCAUCAAUGAGUAUCCCUUUCUACCUGUCAGCAGCCCUGUGGCUGAGAUCCUCUACCUGCAUGAGGUAGAAAUAACAGAACCUAUUAACCAAAUUCUAGCUAAUCAUGGGGUCAGGCUCCAGGGUGAAGAUGUGCAGGGAAAGGCUGUUGAAAAGGAGGAGGACCCAUUACUUUCUAGUUCUGACAUGCCUGCAGAAUGUUCCAGAGAUUUACAGGUUGAGCAGUCACUGACAUUGGAAAGGACAGAGCUCAGCUCACUGUCUCCAUCCUGUGAGGACACAGUGAGCACAUUAUGUCAGAGUCCUUCUCCAGACACAUCAUGCAUAGCAUCAAGCAUCAAUAACCAAAUCCAAAAAGGGAUCAAGAACAGCUGUGGGUUGCCAGGGGACAGCAAGGAGUCUGAAUUGAGACAGGAGAGCCGGGAAGGUCAAGAGUCAACUCUGAGGUCAAAGAUCACUGGAACACAAUCUCCCACAAACACACACGGCACUGACGUUCAUGUAGAGGGCCAGACUGCUACCGCAAUCGAUACUGAGGUGCUUAUGAAGGCAGGCAGUGAACCAAAUGAAAGGGGUGAACUUGUGAUUAUUGAAAUGAAUAUUUCACACUUCUCUGAGAUGGCACUUAUGAGCCACCCCAGUGCUGUGCCUGUAAGCUGUCAGCAAUUGGAACCCGAGAUUCAACAGACAGUGUCUGAGGAAUCCAAAGAGGAAACUUCGGCCCAGGAAUUGUGCUGUGUUACAGAGGAGUCUUCACCGCAAAUGAGUACAGAGAACUUCGUAACGGAGGCGAUUGCUUGCUCUGUUCAUAAUUCGGAUGGCAUUGAGGGUGGCCUUGUGGUACCAGUAAGAACUUUGGAGACGAUCGGGGAGACUGUUCUUCAAGAGUCUUCAAGCACCCCUGGAGAGUAUGACUCCAUGUACCUCAGCAUGGGGGAGGACCUCCUCUCCCUCAUCGAACCUUCCAGUGACUCUGCCCUUGGCCCCGAGCUUUCUGAGGUGCCCAAGAGAGUGGAUGAGGGUUCUGAAAGUGCUGGGCAUCAAACCGACAGGAAGGACUCUGAUUGCGCCUGGUAUGGGGAUGAAGGCCCACAACCUGUUCUUGAGAAAGAUGGAGGAGAGCUGGACAGUUCUGCUUCACUGCCUCCUUUCAGUGCCCCACCAGCCUUGGAACCCAACACAAGAGGCAUUGAAGGGAUCCACACAGAGAAGGACUUGUUCUACACCUUCGAUGAGUGUUCCGCCGCAGUUCCCCUCGGGGACGGACAAAACUCUGCGCCCCCAGAAUCCCCGGCAUCUUUGACUCGUCCGAGGGCGGGCAGCUCUGCGUCGACCGCACCGCGGGACUCCUACAGCGACGCUGUCUUCAGCCCCGACGCAUGUUACGAUGAUGUCAUCAGGAAGGUCACAGGUGCAGUGAGCGGAGACAGUGCGGUGUUGGAUAGCGGCCCCACUGGCUCCACUGGCCCCACCCCUGAGGCCGAGGAGGAGAAGGACAGCCUAGCGGAGGUGCCCCCGCGCUCUGCCAUUGUCCUGCGCUCGUCCGCCCGCUCGCUGUCGCCUGUGCGCCGCCACAGCUGGGACCCCAGCAGGAACGGCCGCGGAGAGGCCGAGAUGAGUCAGCGCAGUUCACUGAGGAGUCUGGGGGAGCGAAAGCACAUGUUUCACAAGCGAAGUAUGAGCUGGUGUCCCUCAGAGGCACCCCUGCACCCUGACCCAGAUGAUAUUAAUGGCAGAAGUUACAGUUUGGAAGGCCUGACCGCGGACAGGGAUGUGGGGAGAGACUUCGCCCGGCCCGGCGCCAUGUCCCAGGAUCCGCAGCGGCCGUCCCGGAUGGAGAGCGAGGAGCGGGGCUCUUUGGUGUCCCUCACGGAGGAGGAGCAGGAGUAUGAGCUGGGUGAUUGCAGCAGCUUGGACAGUGAGAAGUCAGGCCACCUUAAGCUCCGCAGCUGCUCGUCCGUAACGCUGCCCCUCACCAAGUCCAUCUCCAUGCUCACCAUCAGUCAGAAGGAGCUGGAUGUGGUGGGACGGACUCGACCUAAGAGACGGAUCUCCUUCUCCUUCAACAUCUCUCCGAUCCUCCCAAAAUCUAAAACCUUCUUUUCUAUCGGCUCUUCAUCCAGUGAUGAAGAGGAGGCUUUGAGCCUCAAGUCGUUCUCCAGCAUCUCGGGGUCCCUGGCCUACAGCAUUUCGGAAGAGGACCCGGGCCCCUUGCGAGGAGAUGGCGAGGGGAAGGCUGGCACCAAGGUCAGCCGGACGUUCAGCUACCUCAGAAACAAGAUGUACAAGAAGACGAAGGAGAAAGACAAAGAGAAGAGCACUGAGAGAGAGCGAGAGACCAAGGAAAAGGACAAGAAGGUGACCAGCGGACAUGUCUUCGGAGUGGGGUCUGCAUUCCUGGCCCCGUGCCUCCAGUGUAACAAAGCCAUCAGCGUCAAGGACGGCGUCUAUUGCCCCAACUGCAGUGCGCUUGUUCACCGGAGCUUUCGGGAGACUCUUCCUGUCUGUUCCAAGGUCAGAAUGAUGCAGCCAAAGUCCCAGUUUGCUGUUCCGGAAGCUUCCGUGAUUCCUGUCGUUACUCUGAGAAACAAAGGGCCAGGCUCAGUGUCGCGGGAGCGACCCUGGUCGGUUAUGAUGGCGCCCGAGGACCACGGCCUGCCGUCGAUGCCCCGGCGACACACCAGCAUCGCGGCGCCGUCCACCAGCAGUCUUUCAAAGAGUGUCUCCAUCAGCAACAUCGCUGGCUCGGCGUUCGACGAUGUGCCGCUGAAGGGCGUGAAAUUCCUAUCCUAUUCCACCGACUCGCUGAACAAAACCGGCAAGGUCAACGAGUCCACGGAGUCCCUGACAGACGAAGGCACGGAGAUGAUGGACAGUCAGCUUAUGGGUGAAUUCGAGGUCGACGCCAAGGAGCUAGAGGCCAACUCCUGGAGCUUCUCUGUCGAUAAGAAGUUCCUGAAGCAGGUCAAGAAGGACGUCAUCAAGAGACAGGAUGUCAUCUAUGAGUUGAUCCAGACGGAAAUGCACCACGUGCGGACCCUGAGGAUCAUGUGGAACGUCUACAGCAAAGGGCUGCAGAAGGAGGUGCAGCUGGAGGCCCAGGCGGUGGAGCGACUCUUCCCCAUGCUGGACGACCUCUUGGACAUCCACACACAUUUCUUCUCCAGCAUCCUGGACAGGAAGCGAGAGGCCCAGCAAAAAGGGAAAGACGGCGGCUUCGUCAUUCACAAGAUAGGAGACGUCCUCUUCAACCACUUCUCGGGGUCCAAUGCCGACCGCAUGAAGAGAGUCUAUGGCAAGUUCUGCAGCCGGUACAAUGAGGCAGUGAACUUCUACAAGGAGCUGCACUCCAAAGACAAGCGCUUACAGGCGUUCAUCAAGAAAAAGAUGAGCAGUUCCAUUGUGCGUCGGCUCGGCAUUUGCGAAUGUAUCUUACUCGUAACGCAGCGGAUCACAAAAUACCCGGUGCUCCUUCAGAGGAUACUGCAGCACACCAAAGAGACUGAGGAGGACCACAAGGAGGUGGCAGAAGCCCUGCAGCUGGUGAAGGAGGUGGUCACAACUGUGGACAGCAAGGUCAACGAGCAUGAGAAGAAGCAUCGGCUGAAGGAGGUGCACAGCCGCAUGGACAGCAAGUCCAUCAUGCGCAUGAAGAGCAGCCAGAUGUUCGCCAGGGAGGACCUUCUGCAUGGAAGGAAGCUUCUCCACGAUGGGCCCUUGCAGUUGAAGAACUCUGUGGGUCGGCUGAAAGACGUCCAAGCCCUUCUCCUCUCCGAUGUCGUCGUUUUCCUUCAGGAAAAAGACCAGAAAUAUGUGUUUGCUUCUCUGGACCAGCGGUCCACAGUCAUCUCUCUGCAGAAACUCAUUGUGCGGGAGGUGGCCAAUGAGGAGAAAGGCCUGUUCCUCAUCACAGCCGGCAAGAAACCGGAGAUGUUAGAGGUAUACGCCAGCUCCAAGGAGGAACGCAAUACAUGGAUGCAGCUCAUUCAGGAAGCCAUGAACUCCAUGGAGAAGGAUGAAGAUGAAGGCAUCCCCAGUGAGACUGAAGAAGACAAGCGGAUACUUGAGACCAAGGCUAAGGAGAUGAGAGAACUGCUGAGGAGUAAAGACGAUCAGAUAGUGGCACUACUGGAGGAGAAGGUGAAGCUGUUUGGGGAGCUGUGUGAGAGUCCCGCCCCAGAGGGCCCUGGUCGCUGGCUGAGGAUGUUCAGGGCCAGACCCAAGGAAGCGCUGAGAGGAGAACCUGUCCUGAAGGAUGCCCUGAAGAUAGUGGAGACCCUGCAGGUGAUUGUAAGCAGCAGCCUCGGGGGCUCAGUCGGGCACCAGGUGGCCAGCUCUCUGGGGUCCUCCGGAGGCACGGGGGUGGUCUGCCUUCCCCGGCGGGCGGAGACUUUUGGGGGCUUCGACAGUCAUCAGAUGAACACCAGCAAAGGUGGGGAGAAGGAUGAAGUGGAAGAUUCCACAGACCUCCGCAGGACUGAGUCUGACAGUGUACUAAAGAAGGGGGGUAACUCUAACCUGUUACUGCUUCUGAAGAGGAACAGUGAGCAGGUUCUGCAGAACGUCAGUCAUCUUCACGAGCUGCUCAGCACCCUGCAGGCAGUGGUGACGCAGCAGGACUCCUUGGUGGAGGAGCAGCGGCAGUCCCUGAGUGAGCGCCCCCCCUCGCGCCCGAGCUCGCGGCCCCCCUCUCUGGUAGAGCAGGAGAAGCAACGCAGCCUGGAGAGGCAGCGGCAGGAGGCGGCCGAGCUGCAGCGGCGGCAGGCGGCACACGCGGAGGAGCGCCUCCGCCAGAGCCGGCAGUGGGAGGCGCGCGAGCGGGAGCUGGCAGAGCGCGAGGCCCGGGUGCAGGCACAGGAGGAGGAGGUGCGGCGCCGGCAGCACCAGCUGGAGGAGGCCGAGCGAGAGCUGCGGGAAUGCAAGGCCGAAUACCAGCGGGACCUGGAGGGCCUGCGGGAAGCGCAGCGGAAGCUGGACCGGGACCGGCAGCAGAUCCACAGGGACCUGGAGCAGACGAGGCCGGCCCAUGAUGUGCACCGGGACCGGACUCUCUCGAGCACCUCCGACGACUCGCUGAGAUUGCAGAGCUCCGGCUCCUUGGACAAGGAUCCCUCGGAGAGCAAGCUGUCGUCGUCCCCCCAGGACUCCAAGUCCAGGUCAGGCUCAAAGCGGAAGGGAAAGAACUUCACCCUGUUUGCCUCGAACCCGGAAAAGCUGGCCAAGCCCAAGGAGAAGAAGGACAAGAAGAAGAAGAAGGGGAAAGGACAGCACUCUCAGCCUGAAGAAUCACCUCGCCUUCCAUCCUCGGAGCCUUCUGCAGACGGGGAAAUUUUCUUCUGCUGAUCUGCCUGUGCCCUCCACAAUCCCACAAUGCCUUGCUCCCAAGACAGCUGUGACUGCCUGAGUGCAGAGCCAAGCCGCUGUAGACAGCUGUCUGUUUCCCUCCUGUGUGCUUCCCCGGGGGCUGGGGGGG